UAGACUCACACUGUACUAAACCAGUAACACCAGCUUCACAAUCUCUCUCUCACUCUUGUCUCUGCAAGAAAAUUACACAUACAAAGACUAUCCAGAAAACUUUCCACUAUUAUCCUCAUCUCCGUGUCCAUCAAAUCAUAUCAGAAACUCAUAAAAGUGAUAAAACUAGUUCACACUCUCACAUAAACCAAAGUUAACUAAUAAAUAAGCUAAACUCUCACUUCCACCACAAGCCGACAAAACCCAACUCUCUAUCUCUCUUUCUACACAUGCAUUCAAGACUGGUCCUCCCUCAAUGAGUUUGGGUUGUCCUUCAACUUCUUGGGGGGUGAAUGGGUUGCAUGGUGUCUCAGCUGGCUGCCAAGUUUGCCUUCUUUCCACCGUCGCCGCCAACUUACCAGAUCAAGAAGAGAGACGAUGGCAAGCUCACUGUGGUGUCUUCUUCCUCCCCUUCCAUGCCUAUUCCAAACGCUGAUGACACUUCCUUAGACGUUUUGCUUAUUGACACCAAGCGUGGCAAUAAGAUUGUUGCUUUUUAUCUCAGGAACCCAUAUGCUCGCCUCACUUUGCUUUACUCUCAUGGCAAUGCUGCUGACCUUGGCCAACUCUAUGACCUCUUUGUGCAGCUCAAGCUCAAUCUCAGAGUUAAUCUCAUGGGAUAUGACUACUCAGGCUACGGAGCCUCUACUGGUAAGCCUAGUGAAUCCAAUACAUAUUCUGAUAUAGAAGCAGUAUAUCAGUGCCUUGAGACUGAGUACGGAGUUAGCCAGGAAGACUUAAUCUUGUAUGGGCAGUCAGUUGGUAGUGGACCAACACUGCACUUGGCAUCUAAAUUGCCAAGGCUCAGAGGUGUGGUUCUGCAUAGUGCAAUUCUUUCUGGUCUUCGUGUGCUCUGCCAUGUCAAGUUCACAUUUUGCUUUGAUAUUUAUAAGAACAUCAACAAAAUUAAGAAGGUGAAGUGUCCUGUGCUGGUUAUACACGGAACGGAAGAUGAUGUUGUCAAUUGGUUACAUGGCAAUGGGCUGUGGAAAAUGGCAAGGGAACCAUAUGAACCUUUGUGGAUUAAAGGAGGUGGGCACUGCAACUUGGAGCUAUACCCUGAUUACAUCCGCCAUCUUUGCAGAUUUGUCCAAGAAAUGGAGAAGUUAACCACAGAAACCCGCCUUAAAAAGAUUCGGCAGAGCCUGCAACUACAUACAAGGCACACAGUUUCUGCUAACAGGUGCUGUAGAGUUAAAUGCUGGCGACCAAAGUGCUUAUGUCCUGAUUGUUCUUGCCGACCCAGCUGCACAAAAUGUUCUUGCCAACCCAGCUGCAGAGUUAAAUGCUGGCGACCAAAGUGCUUAUGUCCUGAUUGUUCUUGCCAACCCAGCUGCACAAAAUGUUCUUGCCAGCCCAAAUGCCUAGAAUGUUGUUGGAGACCUAGCUGUCCAGAAUGUUGGAGACCCAGCUGCAAAAAAUGUUGCUGGCGACCGAAAUGCCUAAGAUGUUCGAAACCAACCUGCUGUAUUAAAUGUUUUUGCUGGCAAUGUUGUGUGGGAACGCAUAGUGGUGGGUUAGAUAGAAAGGAGGAUGGCUAAUGGUGAUUUUGUGCAUGUAUAGAUUGGUGAACUUGCUAACACCCCUCUAAUCUUGUGCAGUAUUGUAUGACGAGGAAAUUGUCAUUGAUAAUCAAAGAAAUUGAUAUAAUUGAAUGUUUCUCUUGAUAAUGGUGAAUUCUUGGAACAUUGAUUUUUUA